AUGAAGACAUCCUUGGCCUUCCUGUUUCUUCUGCUGGAACACAUUUUGUAUCCCUAUGGGGAAGCUGUAGGAGAUAUGAAGAACCCCAAAGAUGAUGAUGGGACAUCACCACCGGUCCCCAUUUCGCAGCCCUUCAUCUUCUACGGCAAGACUUACCACAGCGUUUAUGUUAACAACAACGGUGUGGUUUCCUUUUCCGUUCCUGUCCCAGAAUACACCCCCAAACCCAUCCCCUUGGUAGAUGGAAAAGCCUUUGUUGCCCCUUACUGGGGGGAUGUCAACAAUAUCUUGGGGGGUGAAGUCUAUUACCGGGAUGUACAUGACCCAGAACUGCUGAAACGCAUCACCAGUGAUAUCAACAAGUACUUUCCUAACAUCCCUUUCAAAGUCACUUGGGCCUUCGUGGCCACCUGGGACCGUGUGGCCUAUUUUGGGUCUAUGUCCAACAGGGUAAACACUUUCCAGGCUGUUUUAUGUACCGAUGGCCACACUGCCUUCGUAAUAUUCAACUAUGGAAGGAUCCAGUGGACAACAGGUGCAGCAAGUAAUGGAGAUCCCAGAACUGGUCUGGAUGGCAUCCCAGCACAGGCUGGUUUUAACAGUGGUGAUGACAAGAACUACUACAGCAUCCCUGACUCCCGCACUCCUCGAAUUGUCAACAUUACAAAGACUAGCAAUGUGCAGGACCAAGGACGAUGGGUAUUCCAGGUGGAUAAUUUCAAAGUGACCGGAGUCCCUGAAGAGCUUAUGCCUAAGAAAGAACCAGAGCCAGUACCUCCCGUGGUCCAAGAGCCAGUACCUCCCGUGGUCCAAGAGCCAGUACCUCCCGUGGUCCAAGAGCCAGUACCUCCAGCGGUCCAAGAGCCAGUACCUCCCGUGGUCCAAGAGCCAGUACCUCCCGUGGUCCAAGAGCCAGUACCUCCAGUGGUCCAAGAGCCAGUACCUCCCGUGGUCCAAGAGCCAGUACCUCCCGUGGUCCAAGAGCCAGUACCUCCCGUGGUCCAAGAGCCAGUACCUCCCGUGGUCCAAGAGCCAGUACCUCCCGCGGUCCAAGAGCCAGUACCCACUGAGGUCCAAGAGCUAGUACCACAUUUGGCCAUAGACCCAGUACACCCCGACUUCCAAGAGCCAGGAGUCCCCGAGGUUGAAGAGCCAGUGGGCACUGAGGUUGAGGAACCAGAAGUCCCCAAUGAACAAAAACCAGUUCUUCCUAUAGAAGAGAUAGAGAGCCUUGAAGACAGUGAUGACUGUGAGUGGUAA